GUCAGGUCAACCACUUCCGGGUUGCUCCUCACUGGCUGCACUCGUGACUAUUGCUUGGUCGCAAUUUGUUGACAUGGACCUACGAUGCAACGAAAGACAUUUCUACUUAGGGUCCGAAUGAUGAGAACAUGAACAUUCCUCGGCGGUGGAAGCUCUCGUGAGAUAGAAGAAGAACCAUGUGGAGAGUAAAAGGACUCGCCUGGAGAGUGCUGCAUAGAUACCACACCAACAACGCACUGCGUCUCCCCCAGAAUCACCAUGUAGAAGAUGAGGUGAUCAACACCUCCACUGUUCUCUCCACCCCGAGAACUUCCUCUGACAGCAGCUCCCAUAAAGAGGAGGAUGGCGAGAGGAGGAAGAAACAGCGAGCCUUUAAAUUCCCUUCCACUGAGCUGCCUCAUUACACAGCUCUCGAUGCAGUGGGAUGGGGUGCGACAGCGGUUCUGUUCAUGCAGAUCUGCAGGAGGAUCCACUCCAGUUUCUCUUCAUGCGCUGAGCCCAGUCCAACUUCUUCAGUCCAAAAGAGACCGCCCACUUUGCAGAAGUGUGGUUACCGCCUCCUGCUGGACAUUUUUUCAAGGAAUGAUGUGGUCCUAAGAGGAACGAGUGUGUCAUGUCUGCACAAUCAGUCCUUGGGUCAGACCAUUAGUAGCAAUAGUGGAAGUACUGCCACGUCAUACAGCAAUGAGCAGAACCGCCUGACUGCUCAUGCCACCAGCUCAGACCAUGAGCUGCAACCGGGCCAUGAUUCGCCUUUACAAGGUGAUGCAUUUAUGUCUGCCUCCUGCCCGCAAGAGAACGUUUUGGAGGAAGAGAGCACAGAGAUGGAUCAUGCUCAUAACAAGUCUAUGGUUGAAGGUGAGGAGAGACUGGCAGAAGCUGCACAGAAUCUUGAAAAAGUGGCAGACAGCACCGUCCCAAUGAUCCUCAACAUUAUUGGCAUUCAAAGAGCCAAAAAUGGAAACGACGAGGAAGCUUUCACAUGCUUCCUGGCGGCAGCUCAACAGGGCUACAGCAAGGCUCUGUUUAACACUGGGGUCUGUUAUGAGAAGGGCAGAGGAGUCCACAAGGAUAAGGAGAAGGCAUCCCAUUACUAUUGGCAGGCAGCUGUGGAAGGUCACAAACAGGCUCAAUACCGCUGUGCAAAGCUGCUCCUGACCAGGAGCGGGUGCGAGAGUGAAGAAAAGAUAAAUACAGCCAUCAGCCUCCUGGAGAAGGCUGCUGCAGCAGGUCUGACAAAGGCACAAUUAUGCCUUGCAUCUGUGUACUCCCGGAAGCCAGUGAGAGAUGGCAGCAAGUCUGUGUACUACCUGCAGAUGGCAGCACAGAGCAGUGAUAGUACUGCUCUGUUCCUGUUGGGCCAGUGCUAUGAGAGCGGCUUUGGGGUCCGGCAGAGCCUGAGGUCGGCAAUUGUAUUGUACAGACGAGCUGCUCAAGCAGGGAACAAGCAGGCUCAGCUUUUCCUGAGAUCCCCCACUGAGACAGACGUGUUGCGCUCCAUCCGUUCUUCGCCAUGUUUCUCCGUGCCCGACCCGGACCUGCAGCUGCCGCUCUCCUCUCUGGCUGAUGGCAUGUGUGCAGACACCCACCCUUUCGUCUCCCUUCCCUUCCUGCAUCACUGCUGGAGCACCGGGAGCAUGACCGUGGCUCCAGUGCUCUCCAGCCCUCUUCACCUUCAUCCCAAAAACCUGGAGGCAAAAUCGUGCCAGUGGAUGGUAGGUGUUGGAUAACUGCCAAUCGUUACACAAACAGAUGUGUUAUCUGUUCGGAUAUAUUGUGUUAGGGUUGCAAAGUUUCGUGAAUUUUCAAAUUUUGGAAACUUACUGUAUCCAGCAAUUAAAGCAAAAGUUGGCACUAGAUCCUGUACUUAUGUUUGACGCCUGUGUUUUCACCAGCGUGUUACGUGUGGACAUGCAGGGAGGGAUGUGUAAUUUUGUGUGAGUACUUAGCGUGAGUGUUAUACUUGUGUUUCUCUCUCUAUCUGUCUCUCCCUCUCUCUUUUUGUGUGUGUGUGGUGGCCUUUUUGUCUCAAAUUGUGUCGCAUUAACAGCCAAUUUUAAACCAGUGAAGUAGUAUACUGUACAACACAUUACAUACAUACAUCCAUUCAUCCAUUUUCCGAACCGCUUGAUCCUUACUAGGGUCGCGGGGGGUGCUGGAGCCUAUCCCAGCUGUCUUCGGGCAGUAGGCGGGGGACACCCUGAAUCAUUACAUACAGUGCUGUGAAAAGCAUUUGCCCUCUUUGAGAGAUUAUAAAAUCAAACCAAUUUUCAAAUUGGUUUGAUGAUUUGAAACAAACAGGAAUCGUCGGGGCAAAUAAUUUUUCACGGCACUAUAUUAUGGAAUGCAUCAAGACCGUUGCUCUUUCUGUAAAUAGGAAGCAUUGUAGAAGUCCUACUGUGUGCUUACGCACAGUAAAAGGAUAUAUGUAUAAACACCCAUGUAGCUCUCAGCUUAUACUUAAAAUUCAGCUAGCUGUGCCUUCUGACUCUUCCACGACUAUAUAAGAACAAGAAGUGCAUGUAUAAUAUAGUGAGAGUCCCAAGUGUAUGUAGUUAUAUUUUCAAAUGUAAACUCAAAGUAAUGUUUGAUUGACUGUUAGAGAGGACUUGACCCUCAGGACUUGUUUGAUAGUAUGAGCCUUUUUUGCCAGUUACAUAGUCUGUAAUUUUUAACCUAUGUGAUAUGUUUUGUGUUUUAUAUCAUAAAGUUUGUAACCAACA